AUGUCAGAAUCUGUAACCGACAGUGAUGCAUGUGGCAAAGAUUCGGAAAAUUGUAUCCCCCAGAAUGUACAGAACUUAAUACGGAAUUUGGAUAUUUCAACAAUUGAAAGCAUUAACUCGACCGAAGAACUUUUAGAAAUAAAGGUAAAGUCGGUAGAAGAUGAAGAUAUUCUUACUGAAAUUGAAAGCGCUUUAGCUAGAAAAAUUGGUGAAAUUGUUAUGAUACCUAUUCAAAGACUCAAAUUUACAUCAAGCUUAGUCGAAGAGCUAUUUAGGCAAGAAUUAAAAGAGAAAAGUAUCUCACUUAUGCGAGACGAAACCAAUAUAUUCAUUGUUGGAUUUGAAAAGAUGAAGUCCUACAUAUGUAAAAAUAUUGACGAGAUCAAUCGAGUAACUGCCAAAAAAGUAGUAAAACUGGAAGAUAAGUGGAAAACUGAAGCUGUAAAGUGUUUCGGGAUUGCUGAAACAAUCGGUAGAACAUUUACUGAUGUAGCCGUUCGUCUACAAGAAGACAAUUCGAGUGUUUAUUUAAAAGGGAGAGAUAUCACUAUUAGCAAAGCAGAAAAAGAAGUACAUAAGUUGUUGUCAGAUUUGUUCAACGAGACGUUACACUUCGACCCACUGAUACUGAAACUUUUGAUGUGUAAAGAGGUUUCUGAACUUUUAAAACAAAAUCUUCAAAAGGAACAACUCCAAGUCGUUUGGACAGUUGAUAGUACUCAUCUUUAUUUUAUCAGCAAAACAAAAAUCAACACAGAUGCUUUAAAAGCAGUUGUUUACGAAAACUUUUUGGCAACAGGGUUUUCCAAAACAUCUCAGAAUGAAAAUAACUUUUGCAAUAGCAGUAUCUUUGUUGAUAUAACAAAGAAACAAAACAAAAAGUUGCUUUUUCUUGAGACAACCAAUUCAAGUGUAAAUAUUGCUGGAACUAAGAGUCUUAUGUUGCAUCUUCUACAGCAGGAAAAGUUAUUUUACAAUGGUGUUGAGAAUGAAAUCUGUAAUGAACAGAUGAUAAUGCACGUAGCAGAUGAUAACUGUCUUUUGAGACCUUAUGGUAAUGACAGGUUUCAGUUGGAAGAAAGUUCUGGGGACUCUUUUGAGAUAACAGGAGCAACAAACCAACCAGAGGGAGCAACAAUCAAACCACCAAAUUAUGAUGAUAUAUCUCCUUGUGAAAGUAUGCCAAUGCCAGGACCAACGUUUCAACAGCAACUUAAAGGUGACCAAGGUCAGCAGCCAUAUGGACCAUACCCAGGACCAGGAUAUCUUAAUCAUAAUCCACAUCACCUACCACCAUAUGGAGGACACUCAACACAAACUGAAAUACACAGACCACCUUCUCAUCCAGAUGACAAGAUACCAAAAUCUGAGCAUGCGAUGAAUAGACCACCUGGUGAAAAAAUGCCCAAAAUAGAAUAUCCAUAUGGACCUGGAGUCUACAAUCCACAUGUACCAGGUGAAUACAAUCAACAUAAACCUGGAGAAUACAUACCACCUGGAGCCUACAUGCCACCUGGGCAUUGGCCAUAUCAAUAUUAUAGAUUUCAGGAACAAAAUACAUGUGAGAAAAAAGGUCCAGAUGAUGUUCAAGGUCCCUCCGUUCAACCUUAUCAUAAUCAUAAACCUGUCUUUCCUGGGAAUCCUGGAUAUCCAGUCUAUCAAAAUUAUCCUUAUCCAUAUGCAGGUGAUAUAGGAAUACAACGACCAGGACAGGAACAAACUUGGCAACCACCAGAAUACCAGGAGCUUACUACUAUUGAAAGUCCUGGUCAGAACAUCAAAAUGAUUAAAGUCUCUAACAUACCUUCUGGUACUGCAGAAGAUGCCAUAAGAUUUUUCUUUGAAAACAAGCGAAAAUCUGGUGGUGGUGAAAUUGAAGAUUUGGAUUAUGAUGAAGACAGUUAUUCUGCUAUCAUUUCAUUUGAAGAGGAUGACGUUGCUGAACGUGUUAUAAGCCGAAUGCCAUUGCUGUUUGAGAAGACGAAGAUCGAUGUCGAGAUAUUUGUUCCACGUCCAGCAACACCAUACGUAGAGGAUGAUGCACAAAUAUCAGGGGAUGAAGAUACGACAGACAUGCCCACUGAGUUUGUUAUAGAAGUAAGGGGAAUGAAACCAACCACUUCUGAAGAUACCAUAAGAUAUUAUUUUGAAAGCCGCAAAGUUGCAAAUGCUGACGUUGUAAAGAUGCAAUUUAUUGAAGAGAAAGAAAUGUACAUGAUCUGGUUUGAGGAGGAAAGUGCCAUUGACUCAGUAAUGGGAAAAAGCCGCCUUCGAAUUGAUGGAAGUACUGUGAAUGUUAAACGUCACAUCCCACCACAUCCAUCAAAAUAUGUUUCUAAAUAUGACAAUAAAGUAUAUAUAACUUGCAUCAGCCCUACAACCACUAAAAAUGGACUGGAAAACUUUCUUCAAUUUAAAUCUAAAUGUAUUUCAGUAGACCUAAUAUAUGGUGAGACAGAAGGGACUGCAAUAGUUACAUUUGCACAACCACCAGAUAUAGAGAAGUUACAGACAGCCUGUAUGAAGAGACAAUUGGAUGGCAGCCAUCUAAGCAUACACACAGUACCUAUAACAGACUGUAUUGUUGUCACUGGAUACAAAGACAAUACAUCAUCAGACACAAUGGAGUACUACUUUAAUAAUAAAAGGCGAUCAGGGGUCGAAGGUGUAAGGGAAGUGAAGCUAGUGGAGGAUGAAGGGAGAUGUGUGGUUUACUUCACUAAUCCUGACAGUGCAGUGCAGGUAUGUAACAGGCAACAUAAUCUUGAAGGUCGAACUCUUUCCGUACAGUUGUAUUAUGAAUGUCUUAAUAAGGACGCAUAG